AUGGAACCCGUGGUCGCCGAGAGCGACACCGGGUAUCUCACGGUGCGGCCGGGGGACACGGUGACGGUCCUCUACCUGGGCGAGGAGGGCGAGGAGAAGGGGUGGGCCUUUGCCACCCUGGGCCAGAUCUCCGGAUGGCUUCCGAGCUCUGCCCUGGAGCCGCUUCCAUCCGCGGUGGUGCAGGAGCCGGAGCCAGAACCUGCGGUGGUGCAGGUGCAACGGGGCUACCUGCCUCCCAUGGGCGGGUACUUGCAGCUCCGUCGGGGCGAGCGGGUGGUGGUCAUGCACCGCGAGGACGAGUGGCUCUACGGGUACAGCACCGAGGGGCUCCAAGAACCCGGGUGGUUCCCCGAUCUGGUGCUCACGAAGCCGCCGCUGCCCGACGACGAUGUGGAAGAAGAAGUGGAAGAGGAAGCGGACGCAGGCCUGCCCAAGUGGGCCAUCGUUUCCAAGGGCGCAGCUGGCUGGCAGACGGUGCUCUGCGAGCGGGGCUGCUUUGUGGGAUUCAUGGAGAAGGGCCUCCCGGUGGCGGAUGCCAAGGCGUGGCAGAAGAAGAUCGUCAGCUCCGUGGACUUCGAACAGCCCGUGGGUCCUCUGGGGCCCAUGGGCCGUGGCACCAAGUGGCUGGUGGCAGAGGGCUGCAGCUGCUGCUACCGCUACGGCGGCCAUGUGGUGGAGCCCGGCAUCUUCGAGGGAUGGAUGCUGGAUCUGAUGCGGCAGGUGAUGCCCAUCUUCGGGAUCCAUGAGGAGAAGGCCUGGCCCACCGCCUGCAACCUGAACCUCUACGUGGGCCCCGAUGGCCUCGACUGGCACGCCGACGAUGAGUCCCUGAUGGACACUCCUGACGGCUCCGCGUGCAUCGUGUCCCUAUCCCUCGGCGCGGACUGA